ACGUGGGCUAGAAAUCAGGCCACGGUCACUGUGCUAAGGGGCGGGGCGCUCAGUCGCCCCUAGUUCUCCCUUCGUCAGGGCCGGGCUCCCGGCCGGAGGGGCUGCGGAGCUCUCAGAGACCCCUGAGCGCCCCGCCCCCGCCUCAGGCCCUCCCGGAGCUCCCCCCCCUCUUCCCGGUGCUGACUCUCGGCCAGAAGAGGAAAGGCAGUCUCCACCCACCUCUAGCACUCUCCCUUCUCCUUUAUAAAGGCCGGAACAGCUGAAAGGGUGGCAACUUCUCCUCCUGCCGCCGGGAGCAGCCCGCCUGUCUCCCCGCGCGCCCGCAGCCUCCCCCGCUGCCUCCCUGAGGGCUCCCCUCUGGCCGCCAGCGCCCAUCUUUCAUUUCCGAGAUUGCGAUAUUUUGCGCACACACGCAUACACACACACGCGCAAAAAGGGGGGGGAAAAAAGGCCCACCCUCCAGCCUCGCUGCAAAGAGAAGCCGGAGCAGCCGCAGCUCACAGCCCGCAGAGGACGCCCAGAGCGGCGAGCGCGCAGACAGACGGACGGACGGACUCGCGCCGCGUCCACCUGUCUGCCGCGCCCGGCACUGCGCGCAGCGGGCACGCCGCGAGCGCGGAGCAGCCGUGCCCGCCGCCCGGGCCCCGCGCCAAGGCGCACACGCUCCGGCCCCCCCCACCCGGCCCGGGCGGGAGUUUGCACCUCUCCCUGCCCGGGUACUCGGGCCGCCGCUGCAAAGCCAACUUUGGAAAAAGUUUUUUGGGGGAGACUUUGGCCUUGAGGUGCCCGGCUCUGCACUUUCCGACUUCGGGGGCCUUUCUAGAAAAUGUUGCAAAAAAGCUAAGCCAGCGGGCAGAGGAAAACGCCUAUAGUCGGCGAGUGAAGACGAACCAUCGGCUGCCGUGUUCUUUUUCCUCUUGGAGGUUGGAGUCCCCUGGGCGCCCCCACACGGCUAGACGCCUCGGCUGGUUCGCGACGCAGACCCCCGGCCGUGGAUGCUCGCUCGGGCUCGGGAUCCGCCCAGGUAGCGGCCGCGGACCCUGGUCCCGCGCCCAGGCCCUCCCCAGCCCCCCAACGACGGAGCCGGGGCCGGGGGCGGCGGCGCCCGGGGGCCAUGCGGGUGAGCCGCGGCGGCGGCUGCAGCGGCCUGAGCGCCUGAUCGCCGCAGACCCGAGCCGAGCCCACCUCCUUCCCCAGCCCCCGCCCCCCACCCUGGCCGCGGGGGCGGCGCGCUCGGUCCACGCGUCCGGGGCCCCGCGGGGCCGGGCCCGGAGUCGGCAUGAAUCGCUGCUGGGCGCUCUUCCUGUCUCUCUGCUGCUACCUGCGUCUGGUCAGCGCCGAGGGGGACCCCAUUCCCGAGGAACUCUACAAGAUGCUGAGUGACCACUCAAUCCGCUCCUUCGAUGACCUCCAGCGCCUGCUACACGGAGACUCCGUAGACGAAGACAGAGCCGAGUUGGACCUGAAUUCGACUCGAUCCCAUUCUGGAGGCGAGCUGGAGAGCUUAUCCCGAGGGAGAAGGAGCCUAGGUGAGGCUGCAGGUUCCCCGACGGUCGCCGAGCCAGCCAUGAUCGCCGAGUGCAAGACACGCACGGAGGUGUUCGAGGUGUCCCGGCGCCUCAUAGACCGCACCAACGCCAACUUCCUGGUGUGGCCGCCCUGCGUGGAGGUGCAGCGCUGCUCCGGCUGCUGUAACAACCGCAACGUGCAGUGCCGUCCCACCCAGGUGCAGCUGCGGCUUGUCCAGGUGAGAAAAAUCGAGAUUGUGCGGAAGAGGCCAGUCUUUAAGAAGGCCACAGUGACCCUGGAGGACCACCUGGCGUGCAAGUGUGAGACGGUGGUGGCUGCACGACCCGUGACCCGAAGCCCGGGGAGCUCCCAAGAGCAGCGAGCCAGGACACCCCAGACUCGGGUGACCAUUCGGACGGUGCGAGUCCGCCGGCCCCCCAAGGGGAAGCACCAGAAGUUCAAGCACACGCAUGACAAGAAGGCACUGAAGGAGACCCUCGGAGCCUAGGGGCAUCUGCAAGAGUGUGCGGGCAGGGUUAUUUAAUAUGGUAUUUGCUGUAUCGCCCCCAUGGGGUCCUUGGAGUGAUAAUAUUGUUCCCCUCGUCCGUCUGUCUCGAUGCCUGAUUCGGACGGCCAAUGGUGCUUCCCCCCCUCCCACGCGCCUGUCCACCCACCAGCGGGUCCCCUCAUUGGCCUCCAGCGCCUUGCCCGGGAGCUCGAGAAGGACACGAAGGACCUGAACUCCAUUGCUGUCUUCCUCCGCUGACCCCGAGAACGUGGCAUAGAAGUGUAAGAGAGACCCAUGGAUGGGAUCGCCGCUCGGGGACCGGAGGAGCUUCCCUUCCCCGGCUCCUGGCCCGGGUCACACCUGAGCGGCCGUGGACCGGCCUGAAACCCUGCACGUGGCCC